UCGGGCAAAAUCGGCGUUGUAUCUGCAAGAUUUGUCCACGAUGAAGGCUUUUGAAUGUUGGUCCGUUACGAUCAUUUGCGUAGUGUUUCUCACAAAGGAAACUACUGCUAACGAAAAGAAAGCUGAUGAAUUUUUGCAAAACCCAGAACUGUUCCAGGGAGAUAUACAAUACCCUCUACCAUCAACGUUCCGGAACGGCAUUCUAGGAAAGUACACCAAGUGGGUCAAUAAUACGGUUCCUUAUGCAUUUCUCGACGCCGAAGGAUUCCGAUACACCGCUUAUGAAAAGAGGAAAAUCGUGUAUGGCAUGGAAACGAUGGAGCAGGAACUGAUAGUCAAUGGCAAGAAAUGUAUCACGUUUAAACCAAGAGACAAGGAGAUUGGCCAUCUAUUUUUCGUUAGAUCGGGAGGCUGCUCAAGUCCGGUUGGGCAGCCUUACUCUGCCAAUUACGUCCACCUGGAGCCGGGCUGUCUAGGCAAGAGCACCUUGCACCAUGAGCUGAUGCACUCUCUUGGCUUCUAUCACGAGCAGAGCAGGACGGAUAGGGAUGACUACAUCACCAUCCACUGGGAAAACAUGGAUAAAGGUGUAUACAGUCAGUUCAAAAAGUACCCGGCGACAAAAGUGACGGCAUAUGGAGAACCCUACGAUCUUAAUUCCGUCAUGCACUAUGGCUACAAUUUUUUUUCAAAUAACGGAAAACCCACUAUUUCCGUGAAAAACGGUGGAAGACUGGGAGCCCUGGAUAGGUUGAGUAUUCACGAUAAGAGGAAGAUUCAAAAGAGAUAUGGCUGUGAAGUUGCACCUCUUCCCGGCACAGUCGCCACGACGACGACAACAACAACCACACCUGGACCAGACUCAGCUGUUGUCAGUUGUAACUUUGAUUCCCAAGGCUGGUGUGGUAUCCAGCUUCUCGGAUCAGAACAGCGAUGGUCCAUUCAGAAUGAUGGCGGCGAUCACACAACGGGAUCAGGUUACGCUGCCAGGUUCACGGUUCGACAGGAUGAAGUAAAGAACUUCAACCGAAACUCUGACCUGUCCUUGACAUCCCUCUCGGCUGGCCAGCAGUACUGCCUCACCUUCUGGUACAAGCUUGACGGAUCCGGACAACUAAAGGUCACAUUGGGCGGCCAUAAGACCCUCAAGGAGGUGGACGCACAGCGGGGUUGGAACAGAGUCAAGGUGAACGCGUCGACAACAUACACUGAUGAUCUGCGCAUCUUCGUCCAAGUCGGGGAAAACCAGUAUGGUAGCAUCAAUAUUGAUGACGUGGUCGUCACACGAGGAUCAUGCUAAGAGCGGUAUCUAAGAGAGUUCUCUAGUGAUGGUUGUAUGUAAUCCGAACAGUUACAAAGAUUAAGAUAUACCUUCUCGCAAA